CGCUUGCCUGCUAAUCAGCGAGCAAUUUGUUCAAGUGGCGACAAGCACAACAAAAAAAAAAAGGGUUGGAUGGGUGGUGGUGGGCGCUUUACAUUUCCAGGAUAUAAGGAAGGCCGCGUUUGUGGAGCUCCGUCUCAGUUUCAAGUGCAUGUCACGUUUAUCUCUGGCCAGGAUUAAUAAACGCAACUUUGGCGGAAGGGUAGAGGACGGCGCGAGCGAGCGAGUUAAGCGAGUGAAAAUUUAUGACACUUGUUGCCGUUCAUUGUCUGGCGGGAAAACGACGUGUGUAACGGCUUAGAAAAUGCGAACGACAAACGUUUUAUAAUUAUUUUAUGGACUUCAAAGUUGUGGGUGGCGGAUCGGUUGGCUAUAUAAGCGAAGCAGCGCGACGGUAGCCAUCGCAGUUGCCCGUGAGGAUUAGGAGUCGGCACAGUUCCUGCCCGGCAGUUAGCAAUUAAAAGAGUGUGUGCUCCACCAUGCAGACUUGGCCCCUGUGGAUCCUGAUCCUGUUCCUGGCCAUCGGCACAGAUGGAGCCAGCAGCGGCUUGCCAGCCUCCGGAGUCGUUGCCGGUCUGGAUCCUGAGCUGGGCACCUGCGAGCUGCAGCUAUCCAAAUACCGUCGCUUCAUCCUGCAGGCAAUCCUUAGCUUUGAGGACGUGUGCGAUGCCUACAAUUCGCGACCCAGCGCGACCAUCGACACGACAGACGAGGCGGGAUGGCUGUUCCGCCACUAUGCACCACCGCCCACAUCGCAGCGCGGCGAAAUCUGGGCCUUCUUCCGCCUGCUGAUGGCCCAGUUCAGCGAUGCAGAGUUCGCCACGAUCGUGAGGGAUGCGGUCAUCGAGAGGUGCCGCAUCAAAUCGCAACUGCAGCGGGACGAGAAACGCAACUCCGUGGUGCUGGGCAAGAAGCAGAGGUUCCAUUCCUGGGGCGGCAAGCGGUCGCCGGAGCCGCCGCUUUUGCCCGACUACUAAGUUUCGUUCGCUCGGCUUUUCUCGGUUUCCGCCAAAAAUGUAUGAACAGCCAAAAACAAUGUUGAAAGUCCUCUUUUAAUCAGUUUCAGUGUCUAAAUAAACUCGAAGAUUGCAAAGC